AUGACUGGUAUACCAUUUAAGGAGAACACCGUUGUAGUGGUGUUUGGCGCUUCUGGAGAUUUGGCAACAAAGAAGAUAUUUCCAGCCUUGUUUGGUUUGUUCAGAGAAAAGUAUCUUUCAAAAACCACGAAAAUCUAUGGAUUUGCCAGGACCCAGAUGAGCAAUGAAGAGUUCAAAGGUCGGAUUAAGGGGUUCUUCCAAACUCCAACAGAGGAAUCCAAGAAGUUGGUUGACCAAUUCCUUGAACUGUGCUUCUAUCAUAGUGGCCAGUACGACCAAGCCGAGGGAUAUGAGGAGCUCACCAAGUCAAUUGAGAAGUUUGAGGCGGAAAGAGGUGUUAAAGAGCCCCACAGGCUCUUUUAUCUGGCUCUUCCACCAGGCGUGUUUGUGCCCGUCGCAGAAAGAGUGAAGAAAUACUGUCAUCCUGGAGAUAAAGGUAUUGCCCGCUUGGUUGUGGAAAAGCCAUUCGGUCGGGAUUUAAACACGGCCAAACUUUUACAAUCGAAGUUGGCACCACUUUGGAAAGAGGAUGAGCUUUUCCGUAUAGAUCACUAUUUGGGUAAGGAGAUGGUUAAGAACUUGAUUCCAUUAAGAUUCGCCAAUUCGUUUCUCAGUGCCUGUUGGGAUAGUCGAUACAUCACGAGUAUUCAAAUAUCUUUCAAGGAGCCGUUUGGUACCGAGGGAAGGGGUGGUUAUUUUGAUAAUAUCGGAAUUAUCAGAGAUGUUAUGCAAAAUCAUUUACUUCAAGUGCUCACACUUCUUACCAUGGAAAGACCCGUCUCUGGGGAAGCCGAGUCCAUUCGUGAUGAGAAAGUCCAUCUAUUGAAAGCUGUCAAACCUUUGAACAAGGACGACGUGUUGGUUGGUCAAUAUACGAAGUCAGAAGACGGUAAGAAGCCCGGAUACUUGGAUGACAAGACUGUGAAACCUGGAUCUAAGUGUAUCACAUACGCCGCCAUAACAUUGGAGAUUUGCAAUGAGAGAUGGGAAGGUGUGCCUAUAAUCUUGCGUGCCGGCAAGGCGUUGAACGAGGGUAAAGUUGAUAUUCGGGUGCAGUUCAAAGAGACCAAGAAUGGUAUUUUCAAGCACGUUGCUAGAAACGAACUGGUGAUUCGUGUGCAGCCGGAUGAAGCUAUGUACAUGAAGAUGAACACAAAAAUCCCUGGAGUUUCCCACAGCACUACGACUACAGACCUCGAUUUAACGUACAGCAGCCGCUACAAAAAGUUCUAUAUCCCCCAGGCUUACGAGUCCUUAAUUAGAGACGUUCUGAAUGAUGACCAUUCCAGUUUUGUUAGAGAUGACGAAUUGGAGAUUUCCUGGUCGUUGUUUACUCCAUUGUUGGAGUAUUUGGAAGGACCCGAGGGACCGACUCCGGUUCCUUAUGCAUAUGGAUCCAGAGGGCCCUCGCUGCUUGACGAUUUUAUGGUCGAAAAUGGCUAUGUUUUUCAAGAUGAUUCAGGAUACCAGUGGCCUGUUACUACUCCUCAGAGUCCUGGAGAAAGCAAGAUGUGA